ACUCAUUUAGAGUACGACCAUCACAACUGUCUGAACAAUGGACCGUUGGAGAGAUAAAGUCGCUGUUGUUACCGGUGCUGCAGGGGGUAUUGGAUCGGCAGUGGUUGAACAAUUACUCAAGGCAAAAUUAAAGGUUGCAGCUGUUGACAACAGUUCCACAAGACUCGAAGAACUGACCAAAAAAUUCGAAAACAAAACUGAAGAUUUACACUCCUAUGCUACUGACAUAACUAAGGACGAAGAAGUCAUAAAGCUGUAUCAAGACAUUACUAAAACUUUAGGUCCAGUGAAUGUUCUGAUCAACUGUGCCGGAAUUGCUCGUCACGAUACACUUAUCAAUGGUAAAACAGAAAACUGGAAGAGCGUUUUUGAUACAAAUGUCUUUGGUUUGUGUAUAAUGACAAGAGAAGCCGUCAAAAUUAUGAGAGAGAACACAAUUGAUGGUCACAUUGUUCACAUUAGUAGUAUUGCUGGACGUACCGUACUUGAUAUUCCGGAUACCAACGUUUAUUCAGCCUCCAAAUUUGCAGUGAGAGCACUAUCUGAAAGCUAUCGUCAAGAACUGAAUCGUUUUGGUCUUAAGAUAAAAGUUACUUGCAUUUGCCCAGGAAAAGUCAACACUUUGAUUGCGAAAAAUAAUGCAUUCGAUGAAAGUUAUGACGAGAUGCCUGGUUUAGAACCUAAAGAUAUCGCAGACUCUAUUAUCUACACUCUUUCGACUCCACCACAUGUUCAGGUGCAUGAAAUAUGUGUUAAACCUAUUGGAGAAAAAUGGACUUGAAUAAAGGAUGCACUGUUGAUGUAUGGCUUGGUAUUUUUUUUAUAUUAAAGUUUGACAAUGA